UCCGGCCGCCGCUGCGCGCGUUUCUGGCCCUGCCGGUGUCUCCGCCGGUUGAAAGCGCGUGUCUGCGUCGGGUUCUGUUGGAGUGCGUUCGGUGCGCCGUGGGUCCGCGCUGCUUCCACCCAACUUCCUGUUAGAGUUUCUCUCCUGUCACAAUGGCAUGAUCUCGGCUCACUGCGACCUCUGCUUCCUGGGUUCAAGGAUUCUCCUGCCUCAGCCUCCCAAGUAGCUGGGAUUACAGGAAUCUCAUCAGUGACACGCGUUUGUGAAAAGCUGUGAAUAUUCAGUGCCACAGGGUUAAACCUCGGUACAGAAGCGAGACCCUGCUGGGCAGAGAAAGGGUGACCUGGAAGGUGUGUGAGGGCCCCGCCCAUGGGCCCCUGUGAUGGUCAUGGCCUCAAGAAUCACAGUCCAGGUGAGGCCCUGAAUCUCCACAGCCAGGACCAGUUCCCUCUGCUCUUGGGUGCCGAGGCCAGCGUCAGCCAGGAGAGGCCUGCAGAAUCAGCCUGUGCACCUCUCUGACGAUAAGCAGAGAUGCUGGUUUAGAGACUUGCUACUCACGGGGCAGUCCUCGGGCCUCCUGUACUCACAUUACCUGGAACUUCUUGGAAAUUCAGAAUCUCAGGCCCCAACCCAGACGGACUGAAUCAAAAUCUUCAUUGUGGUAAGACCCUCGGUGACACACAGGCCUGGGAAGCACAGGUUAGCGUGUCACCUUGGGCAAAGCUGUCAGCAUUGUGAGCCUCUGUUUUCUACUCUGUAAAGGAGGCAUCAAUAUCUACAUGAUAAGUUUGCCAUGAGUAUUGAAAAAUAAUGUCUUAGAAGCACAGGGCAGAGCCUGGCAUGUAGUUUGUGCUCAGUGCACAGCAGACAAGAAACCACAUGCACCAGACCCGGGCGGCCGUCGGCAGCCCACGCUGAGCAACCAUGGGUGGCCCUCUUGUCUCUCGGGACAAGAAAUGCUUCUUUAGAAAUGCUUCUUUCCUUUCUAAAAUGAAAGUUUUGGACAGUAUUUCCUUUCACUUAAAAAUUUCAUCUGUGUAUUUGAUGGCCUCUGUCGUUUCUUUCCUGAAACUCCUGCUAACAUACUGGGAGCUGAAGAAGGGCUCCGUGAAGGCGAGUAGGGGUGCCUGUCCCUCCCAGGGAGGAGCUUCCCUCCUCUCACCUGCUGCACGAGCCCUAGUGCUUCACCAACUCCAGCCUCAGUGCCCUGACACUGGGGGAGGGAAAGGAAGCGCACGCACCAGCCGUUCCACCCACCGAAGUUGUUUGGUCCCAAUCUGCAAAAUCAGUUAAACGUCUUCCUGCCUGGCAGCAGAUCAAAGGUUGAGGGGUCUGGGACAGACAGAGAUGGCUAGAGAAUGGAUGGUGAAGUGCUCAGAGGCCCUGUGGGCUAUCCCACACUCGGCGGAAGACAGCAACACCAUCAAAUCUCCACCCUUUGUUAUCCAUGACUUAAAAGUGAACAGGGAGGUGGACAACUGUGCAAAGACUGGCUGGAGUCAAAUCCUGGGCAUAGAUGAAGCAUCGAGAAUGCUUGUCACACGUUUGAAUGUGCAGGGGGACUCUGACUGGAAGCUCCUAGCAGAGGCUGAAGACACUGGUUAGGUCCUGGUGCGUGCCUUGGGAUGCAUCCCAGACAACGGGCCCAGGAGCUUGAGCUCAUGUCCACCUGGCUCACCAGGGAGUCCUGCACCACUCUUCAAACCUAACUGGAAGAGACACUGAUCCUUCCUCCCACCUAAGGGCUCCCAGAGCCACAGGUCUCCGCCUCUCCUGCAACACCUCCUGCUGCCUGUUCCCACCGCCCAUGAUUCGCUCAGUCACCAUCCUCAGCAGCACCCGACAGCCUCUGUGUGUCUGUGUCACUCACCAUUUCCAGCCCCCUCGGUGCCCAAUGCAUGUAUGUUAGACAGAACAAAUGCACGGCGGCCUUCAGCAGCACCGACUGCGUCGACCCCUCUCUGUGCUCACACCAGGAGUGAUCAGCGCACACGCCCUCCCACAGGAUGGGAGAAGGUGAUAACACAGCUGAGCUGGGUGUCCAGAAGCCAGCCCCACCCCACGGCCACUACUGAGAGGUUAUGAGAUCAUGGCCUUAUCCCGAGUAAUGCUGCUGCAGUGAACUGGGACUUUUUUCCUCUGAAUUCAAAGGUGGGGCAGUCUAGGCACCUGGAUGCACCAUCUGCUCUGUCCCGGCCUGGUGGCUGCUCACUGUGGGAUGCUGUGCGAUUAGACAGUUACUAUCUUUCCCUGGUUGACGGAUUAGAGUUUCCCUUUUCUGAGUAUCUUGUUUUGAAGUGAUCCGAAGUGUUUAGGGUUAAAGAGCGUGAUUUUCCCAAACUGUCCAAAGAAAUAGAAGCAGGUCUGCAAGAGGGGGGUGCCCAGAGCCUUGAGAUGGAAGCGAGAUGGGGUGAUACCUGGGGAGCUCUCCAGGCCGCCGGGAAGCUGCACGUCAUCCUCUGGACCUCUUUGCUGACUGUGUGCUGUCACCACAGCAGCCGCCUUCUCUCAUCUGUAAACAGGAUUUUACAUAACUUUCCAUACACUUGGUUGUUGACAAUUAAGUAGAUUGUUUUUAAAGAUACUUGAAAUGAUAUCAGAAUUUCCUAAAUAUAUCAUUAAAACAGGAAACUUAGUUACCUACGCACUCGAAUCACUGGAGAAUACCAAAUAGGAACAGGAAAAUAACACACUGGUAAGAAAAAUGUCCAGGGCCAAUCACAGGAGUCAAAGCUCGUGAUCAAAUCAGCUCUGCCUGGGGAGGCUGUGCUCAUGGCACCAUUUAGUGACAAGUGGGUGACUCUGGGGCGAGUUCCAGGGGUGUCACCCCCAAGGCAGCAGCUCAGGUGCAGCCACCAUGGAGGCAGUUUCACUGAGGGGCCCUCUGAGGCCCCUACUCUGAGAUUCUAAGACAGGGUUUGAAGAAUGUUCCAGCAUUUGAACAAAUGAACCCUAUGAUGUCCUGCUGUGAGAGAGAACAAUGUCCCAAUUUUGCCCAGUUUCCAUCAUUAUCUUCUAUGGAGUUCUUCAUUCCCACAUCUGUGGCCCUUAAAAUCCUACGGUUGAGUGCCUGCCUUGGAUCAGCAGUCAGUUCAUUACCUUGGUUCUCAGACGAUGCUUGCAACAACGCCAUGCGAUUCGCCCACUCUUGGGUAGAUGGAGACAUUGGGGCUCAGGUGUGGGCAGUUUUAAGAAGAAUGCAUUGAUUCUACAACAUGCUAUUGUGAAGCCAUCCAGGACUGUUCACUCACUUAUUUAAGAAAGAGAAAAUAAGAGAAGUAUCCCUGAAGGAUGAAAUAUCCUCAAAUAUGAAAAUGUCUGCUCUCUGAAGACCAACUGUCUUAGUCUGCUUUUUGCUGCUGUAACAGAAUACCACAGACUUGGUUACAUUAGUUAUAAUAUACACUCUGGAGGUGACUUGACCUGUCAUUGUGAACAACUAUUGCUCUUGGACGACCCAGGACAUAGGCCAGCCAGUACGUACCCCAGUGUGUUGGAGAAUUGCGCUUGGCUUCUUCCUCUGUGCUGAGUCAUGAAAGUUGCCGGAGCAGACAUCUAGGCUUGCUGUCAAGGCUUCUGAUCAACAUGAGAUGACCGCCGUGUGGUAAACUGAUGAACCCCGACCCUGAUCAACGUGAGAUGACCGCCGUGUGGUAAACUGAUGAACCCCGACCCUGAUCAACGUGAGAUGACCGCCGUGUGGUAAACUGAUGAACCCCGACCCUGAUCAACGUGAGAUGACCGCCGUGUGGUAAACUGAUGAACCCCGACCCUGAUCAACGUGAGAUGACCGCCGUGUGGUAAACUGAUGAACCCCGACCCUGAUCAACGUGAGAUGACCGCCGUGUGGUAAACUGAUGAACCCCGACCCUGAUCAACGUGAGAUGACCGCCGUGUGGUAAACUGAUGAACCCCGACCCUGAUCAACGUGAGAUGACCGCCGUGUGGUAAACUGAUGAACCCCGACCCUGAUCAACGUGAGAUGACCGCCGUGUGGUAAACUGAUGAACCCCGACCCUGAUGAACAUGAGAUGACCGCCGUGUGGUAAACUGAUGAACCCCGACCCUGAUCAACAUGAGAUGGCCGCUGUGUAGUAAACUGAUGAACCCCGACCCAUUAGGCUUUGGCUACAGAAUGUGGAAAUAAGUUGUGUUACUACAUGUGUGUAAUCCUAGGGUUCAGGACACAGGCCGGGAGGUUCCAUAGAGUGAUGGGUUGUGCAGGUAACUCAUCCUCUAGUCCUCUGUAAGCUCCUAGAAGGAAGAAAUUAUGUCCUUUAGACUAAUAAAAUUCCUCCAAACCAAAUACAGCACCUACUGUGAAGACACAAAGAUACUUUUAGAAUAGUAAAAACUUUAUCCAUUGAGAAAUUCCUUAAUGAAACAGUAUCCAAGAAGUCAUUUGCCAGCAGAUUUCUUAGAGGUGCAAUAAAGAAGAGGACAUUGCCAGUUGUCACAGCAGCUGCAAUAGCUCCUCUCUAUUGUUAAACAGUGACAUAUCUUGUACAGGUUUUCAGUUGACAAUCAAUUUUAAAGAUUAGUUUCGGUCCCCAUCAAUCAAUUAUUUAUUAACCCAUCAAUAAAAAUUUAAAUGCUCUGUGAGGUACAAUAGCUAUUAAAAGAGACAGAGGCACUUUCUGUGUCCAGAGGGGCUUUUAGUCUGCUCUGGAAAGCAAGAUGUGUGCAGAUGAGUGACGCAGUGCAUCGUGUGGAUGCAAAGGGAGGGACUCACAUGGGAACCAGAGGAGCUACGAAGGGAGGCAGCGGGGACUGGUGGGUCAAGACCUGGAAAUAACACAUGAAUAGGCAACAAAGGUUUCCGUUCCUCUUCCAUGCACUUCAGUCCUUGAAAAACAUCUUACCACGGAAUUCCACAGCGUACCAAGCGAUUCCACAGCUUGAUGGCACACUGUCCUUUCUCAGCAUUCUUGAAAAUGGCAUGUGAGCCAAGCCAUCUUACUGAGAAAUUAACCUUAAACCAUUUGAUGAACCAAAAAUAUUUUGUAAUACCCAUCUCCGACAUUAGGUAGGCAAAUCACACAGAAACAGUGAGGUCUUCUGAGUCAUAUUUAUCCGAAAAAUCACAGCUUGGGUGCAUGUGAAGCCAGAGGAGCACUCCUGGGGCCUGCGGUGCCAUCGCUCAGCUCCCCUGGGCUUCACAUGGCCAUGGAGCACCCAGCAAGUGCAGGCUCUGAGCCUUCAGGGAGGGGCGGCAUCAGCCAGCACCAUCGUCUCCUGGGUCUCGUGCCUCUUACUUGGUUGCGGUGUUGUCAGGGCCAGAAUGGGGCAGUUCCGGGUGACAUCCAGGUGUGGUUGCUGACACGGAGCACAGGUGAGGUUCACUGAGGUAAGUGGGCCAUGGCCUUGGGCUUCUAGUGCAGAGCACACCAUCCACUCAGCAUGUGAACCCAGCUCCAAAGUGUAUGUGUGCAUGUGUGUACGUGUGCACAUUGCGCAUGUCUCUGUGUAUGCAUGUGCUUUGAUGCAUGUUGAUGUAGGGUGUAUCUGUGUAUUGUGUAUGCACACAUACGAGCAUAUGUUUGUGUACAUGAAUUUGUAUUGCACAUGUGUUUAAUGUGAACACGUAUGUGUUGUCAUGUGUAUGUGUUCACAUGCAUGUGUGUGUACUAUGUGCAACAAUGUGUGCAUGUGUGUAUAUGUGGGUUUAUGUUUGUACAGUGUGUGUAGUGUGUGUACACAUAUACACCUGUGUGCAUGUGUACAUGGUAUUUAAGCAUGUUUGCACGUGUGUUUGUGCUUGCAUGUGCUGUGUGUUUGUGUUGGUGGGAUGUGGGGAGGCUGCUGUGGAGACAAAAGCUGGAGAGAACUUGGUAGAGUAACCCAGGUCGGGAAAUGGCACCUGCAAAGGAAGGCUGGAGUGCCUGGGAUUCACGUUGAAAUGGCCAAUCCAUCAGCUGGGCUGGACACAGCCAUCACGCUGGGCAGCUGUGAGGUUAAAACAGAAAGUCUGGGCUGUAGGGAGGCUGAGAAUUGAGAUGCAUGUAUGAGAUGAGUCACGAGGUCCAAGUGGUGUGUGUGAGAAAGCAGGCACAGCACCACCAAACACUAAGGAGAUUUCAGGGGAGUUACGGGUGGAGGGAGGACAUCACAUCUACCCUGGAAGUUAAACGUGUUUCGAGUGCAUUAAAUACUAUGGGCCGCAGACGCCUUGUCUCUGUAUCUACUCUUUUAUAAAUGAAGUAAAGUUCUUGGGAAAUACUUUUCUCACUGUAAAGCUCACAAUCUAUCUUGCAAAAAAUAUUUUAAAUUCCAUCUCAAAUAAGCCAGGGUGAAAAGGGAGCCUGUGCACCAGACACUGCCAGCCUUGCCUGGCUCUCGCCUUCUUGCUCUUCCUUCCCCACCUGCUGGGGAUUUUCUUAACGAUGGAGAUGGGUUUGGGUUUGUCCUGCUGUGCUCUGCUCCCCAUUCCCGGAUCCAAGGUCCUGCCUCUGUCCUGUCCCCUGAGCCACCUCAGGGAUGCAGGGUCCCCCACCUGGUCAAGUGCCCAGUGCUGUGCUGUCAUUUGCAAGUUCUUCCUGUGACUGAACUCCAAAUGGCACUGGGACUGCUGACUCCACCCACUGGACACCCCGUGUUCUUGCUUUUGGGGUUUCUGAAACAGCCCCAAGACUCUGGGCAUCUUGAUUUUGCUCCCAUUGCUUCUCAGGACGCCCUGCUCCUGUGGUUUGCAGCCCCGGCCUUCUCUUCGAGGAUGCCUCUGCUCUUCUGCCUCACACUCGGAUUGGACCUUCUUCAGCACAGCCAGUGGCCGAGGCUUCCUCCCUGGGGCUCAGUGGAGCAGGACAGAUGCUGCAUCCAAACUCUUCCAUUGGGUUCCAGUCUGUUCCAGUCAUGCCCUUGAGCCUCUAAAGCUCCUAGGUAAGAGACAUAGCAGCUGACAGCACUUCCCACUUGAUUUGGGUGGACUCCAGCCUCCCCAGCAACAAUAAGAGAUCAAAGGCAUCGUCGAGGAAGCAGCUUGCUGAAACGCUGAGUGCCCGCCACUCUCAGGUCAGGUGGGACCGGCAGGCCAGCGUGAGUUCCUGAACACUUGGUUCUCAAUACUGGCCACAGCCACACUGUAAGGGGAAACAAGAGGGCACUGUAUGCAAACAUCUCUUGAACUCUGGAGUCUGCUCACCUUCCUGCCUCAAGCCCCUCUCCCACGUGGUCCAGUCACCAUUCUCCACAGAGACUACCCUAAAACCCAGUGACUCUCGUGUGCCUGCAGAAUGGCACAACCCUUUCUCAUAGCAGCACUCCUGUUUAAUCAGAGGGAUGUUAACGACCAAGUCAUAUUUGCUCGAUUUGUGUUCAAUAUAUUUCAUUUCUACCGAUAAAACUUAAAAAUAUCCCCACACAUGCAUUGCCUAUUAAAGAGUAUCUUCCAGGUACACCUCCCUUACACAUCAGUUAACUUGAUAAUUUCUUCCCAUUCUUGUGCAAUAAAUUUCCUUCCUGAUCAGCUCUGUCCAGCAGCAACAAUAAUCCACGUAGAGACAUGCAAACUAAAAGUCCGUUAGUGGAGGCACAAAGCUGAUGAGGCUUGGAAAAAAAUGACCGAUUUGAUUAAAAUUAGGACCCACGGGAGUGGAGCUCUGCCUAUUUUAGAGGCAAAGUAAAUGCCUGGGAGUCCAAUGACUGACAUUCUGUUUGAGGUUUCUAAUCACAAGGAAGAUGGAGAAAAUGCAGAACAAGUGGUCAAGAACAGGGAGAUAAUAAAUAGAAUAUUUAUGGGCUGAGGAAAACAAUUACCAGGGGAAAGCCCAAGAAGCAAAGAUGAACAGAGAACGUGCUGACUGCGCUGGUUUGGAAAGGCCUAAUGACCAAAGGAGGAGAGGCAUUAUGAGGAGCAGUGACCGAGUGGGCAGGACCCACGGGGAUCAGGAAAGGUGCACGGGGGGAAAUGAGAGGCCUGAGCAGCUUCCCAGCGAAGGUUUUUGAAGCACGGUUUGAUUUUCUCUCUCCCCCUCACCAUCCCCAAAUUUUAGUUGUGACUAUCUCCAGGUACAUGGCUUGCGACAGGCAUUAUAUAAAAACUAAUGUGAGUUUAAUUUUAAAACCUUAGCCAUUUUCUGGAACUUAAAUAUCAAAGAGAAAAUGUCCACAUAUGAUGUUAAUUGACGUUUGUCUCACUGGUGAUUUGUGCUGAUUCAAUUCCUUUUUUUGUUUUUUUCUUAAGGGGUCAGUUUUAGAAUUGGGAGAUAGGUGUAUAACAUAUGACUAUACAGCACAGGUUGGUUUUUUAACAUAUAGAAAUAUCUGCCUUUAAAUGAGAACUGAAAACGGAGCUUCUUGGAGGCCACCUACUGGUGGCAGUGAUCUGACCGCUGUUUAAGCUUUCUUUGAACUCCUUUUUUUAAAACAGCCUCCAUAAUCAAUGGUGUACGAUCUACUCUCUCGUGGUAAAACUUACUCAGUGAAGAGUGUGUUUUAUUUUCUGAGGAGCUGAACUGUUCCAAUCUGAGUAUUCUGAAUAAGGACAGUGGUCGAGCAUGAGUGAUGUCAUCUGGGCUUAAAAAUAAGUGGGCCUAAAAUCUGAUUGUUUUCAUACAUUGUUCAGAUAUUGACACAAACAGCAAUUUAUUUUGUAAAAAAUGACUGGUAUCCGGAACUUGCAACAGCUGUGUGUGGCUUGAAGGGAGAUGAAGUGGUGAAGGCCUGGUUUCCACCGAAGCUCUCACAGCCCAGCCUUUCACUGUGUGGCCGGGGGAAGGGUGCUCCGGGUGGGGGACGGGAAUGGUGGGACUGGGGAUGCCACGCGACAAGGCUGCUGGCCUGGAAGGUGGUCCCGUGGAGAACCGCAGGAGAUGAGAUUGGAAAGUAGUAAUAAGCCAUGUGGAUAAGAACAGAGGAGUGAGUUUUAAGGGGGACGUCCUGAAAUGCCGCUCAUGUCGUUUCAGUUCCAUAGACCACAGGAAAUGCAGGCGAGAGGGCAGCCCGACGGGAAGGAAGGAAGAGGGUGGUGUUGAGCCAGACAGGAGACAGUAAGAGAAAUGGCCUCUCUCCUCAGCGGCACAAUGGACUUUAGACAUCGCGCCUGUUUUGUACUCUCCAAGCCGUACUUCUCUACUCGCCGGCCUGGCGCUGAUGCCCAGAGGCCCCCUGUGCUUGUGGUCGUGGCCUUAGACAGUUCCCUGCCCUUCGUUCCAGCCCCGCCACACAGUCUGCACGGCCUCCACCGCAGCUCUGAGACAUCUUUCAAGACCGUCCCAGAGGAGAGUGGCCUCUCUCCUCCACCCCAAGAGGACAGCCUCUCAUGUGGCUGUCACCCAUCUGACCCCUACCACAGACCUGAGGGUCAGUGUGGGGCCAGAAAAAACUGGGCCAAGGGGCACUACACAGAAGGCGUGGAGCUGAUGGAGUCAGUGAUGGACGUUGUCAGAAAGGAGGCUGAGAGCUGUGACUGCCUGCAGGGUUUCCAGCUGACCCACUCCCUGGGUCGGGGGACUGCGUCUGGGAUGGGUACCCUUCUCAUUAGUAAGAUCCGGGAGGAGUACCCAGACAGGAUCAUAAGCACAUUCAGCGUCCUGCCCUCGCCCAAGGUGUCAGACACCGUGGUGGAGCCCUACAACGCCACCCUCUCAGUCCACCAGCUCAUAGAAAACGUGGAUGAGACCUUUUGCAUAGAUAACGAAGCGCUAUAUGGCAUAUGUUCCAGGACCCUAAAACUGCCCACACCCACCUAUGGUGACCUGAACCACCUGGUGUCUGCUACCAUGAGUGGGGUCACCACGUGCCUGCGCUUCCCAGGCCAGCUGAACGCUGACCUGCGGAAGCUGGCCGUGAACAUGGUCCCGUUUCCCCGGCUGCAUUUCUUCAUGCCCGGCUUUGCCCCACUGACCAGCCGGGGCAGCCAGCAGUACCGGGCCUUAACCGUGGCUGAGCUUACCCAGCAGAUGUUUGAUGCUAAGAACAUGAUGGCUGCCUGUGACCCCCGUCACGGCCGCUACCUAACGGCGGCUGCCAUUUUCAGGGGUCGCAUGCCCAUGAGGGAGGUGGAUGAACAAAUGUUCAACAUUCAAGAUAAGAACAGCAGCUACUUUGCUGACUGGCUCCCCAACAACUUAAAAACUGCCGUCUGUGACAUCCCACCCCGGGGGCCAUAGAUUAGGUCCUGGGGGCCAUAGAUGGCUGUUGCUGGGCCUGUGUGCUCGGGGCAGUGUCUCCAAAGGCACAGAUGGGGUUUCUGAACAGGACCUGGGGAGACAGGCAGGUGCUCACAAGUGCUGCUUCCCCCAACUGGCAACCAGUGAGGAAAAACGCCCGAGUGGAGGUCUGACCUGCCCCACUCUGGAAGGCUGAUGCUCUCUGGAAAGGUGGGUGAUGUGCAGUGUCUGCUGUCUCCCUGUCCCCCACUCCAAAACUUCAGGGAAAAGAUAAUCCAAGAUUGUCAGGAUGAGCCUGGUGAGGGUGGCACCUUUGGGGAUAGGCCCUUCAGCCUGGCAGAGUCUCCUCCCCAGGCUUCUUGGGGAGCCUGGACUGCAAAGCCUGCUUUGGGGAAGCUGUCAAAUAAGAGGUGUGUGUGUGAGCUGGGUGCUGGGCAACACGCGUGGACAGUGCUCUUCUCCCUGGCUCUUGUAGAACUUGUCCACGGCCUGUGUGGUGACCUCUUGGUAAUUCCCACCCCCACCCCAUCACACAGAUAAGAUGAAGCCAGCACAGCCCGGGGGUGGGGAGAUGUACAGGUUCUACUCCAGGUCCCCUGGGAAUGCCCACCUGCCUCCGACGUGUCAGGGAGAACAGGUGAGGCCCCUUCUUGUUCUCUGAAUGUUGGCAAUGGUCUAUUGCAGCGAAAUGGGAACAGGCAGGCAGGAGACUCCCUCAUCUCAAAAGAAGUGGCUCCUGGAAGCAGCUGGGAGGUGGGAGAGGUUCCCCCAUACUCCCCCAUACUCCCCCAUACUCCCCCAUACUCCCCCACACUCCCCCAAGCUCCCCCACGCUCGCCCACGCUCGCCCACGCUUGCCCACACUCCCCCAUACUCGCCCAGCCUGUUCUAGGAGCAGGAAAAGGGGCCUCUGUGACAGCCCUCCUCAGUGGCUCUCACUCUCUAAGGGGUGUCCUUGCCCAACCCAGGUGCACACCCAUCUGAGAUGGCCUUGCAUGGACCUGGUUAGGAAGGUUCAGCUGCAGCAACCACUGGAACCUGCCCACACCUGGUGUCUCCACUCACACGUGGGGCUAGAUGUUCCUCCCUCCCGUAGUGGCACAGCCAGUGGCAGAGGGGGCAAGCACCGCUGCAGUUCCCACCUGGGUCUGAAGGGGGGUCAGGCUUGGUGCCCAUGUAUUUCCCAAUUACCUGGUUCCAUAUGGGGGCUUCAUGGACAGGAGUGGUGCUUUUCCAGGCCUCUUUUCCAUAAGCCAGCUACAGGCCCAGGUUUCCAAGUUUCUGGAGCCCCUCUUCCAGCCUGGCAAGCAUGGCGUGUUGUAGGGGAAGGACGUCAAGCCUACAGGCAGCAGAAACCUGUCUGGGUAUGUUCUCUACCCCUGGAGGCCCCUGGUUGUUUACCUCUUUGGGUGAAAGUCGGCUUAGGAUCUCAACAUUCUUGUAGGACUUCAGAACUGUACCGACAGGGGCCCAGGAAGGAGCAGAGGCUGGGGCUGGCAGCUAACCAGUGUAGUGGGGGUUGUAGGGCUCAGUUUGGUCUUGCAGGGAAUUCAGGGAGGCUUGGAUUUCCUGAAGCUCUAGAUGAGCUUGGGCUUGGAUAUGGAAACGGCAUGGAGCCAGGGCCCUUCUGCACACUGGGGUCUGAGUAGUUGCACCCUGGUGCAUCCAUAGGUGUGCCCCACCUGGAGCACAGCUGUGGAUAAAAGCCGGGAGAGCUGUGGAGGGAAGAGGAGGAGGAGGGAGUCUCGGGGCAGCCCCAGCUGCCAGGCAGGGCCUCUGCAAGUGAGAUGCAGAUCCAGCCUGUUGGCCACUUAGCACCUGCUUGGCCACCUGCAGAUCACCUGACCUCUGCUCACCUGUAAAUGGGGGUUGCAGCAGCACUUGCCUUCUGGGACUCCUGCAGCUUGAAGGGGCAGCACACACCACAUGCUGAGAAGGCGCCUAACUCAGGCAAGCUUCUCCAACAGCACCACAUCAGAUUAACAUCCAACCUGUACAGGACAUCAAAUCUCCCCAUCCCUCAUUCCAAUGGAAGAAAAGGGAGUCUCUGUCCUAGGGGAGCAAGCACAGGCCUAUCUAUGCAGUUGGCAGUUGGCACUUGGCCCAGGUUGGGGAAAGGCCCUUGGAUACAUGCUGAUUUCACCAACCAUCUGUGGGUUGGGUUUGGCCUGGACCCAUGUACCCCAGGAGGCCAGCAGCCCCCUGCAUGGGACAGGACUGGGAGGUGUGUGGGAGGGCUGAGCUUUGAGGGAAGCCAUUAUUUGGCCUCAUGGGAAGUGGUGCAGGUGGUUGUUGGUGGCUCAGUUUUGCAGGGCCUGGGUGAUCACCCAAGGAGUGAAAAUUGCCUUUUUAUGAGAAAUUGCCAAAACUGAUGCAAGCUCAUCAGUUGAAAAGGUGAGUAAUGCUGACAGUUGGCUUCACCUGCCCCUUCCCCACAAGUAACUGGUGUUCAGAGGUGGAUUUGGUUCCUUCCCAGCCUUUCCCGUUUGCAUGUAGCUGUGUGCAUGUACUUUUGUGUGUACACACACAUUCCCUGGAGGGGUUACUUUUAUUUUUUUAUUUGGGGGGAUAACUAGUGAGGCAGCCUGACGCUUGCUUAUCUUGUCUUUUAAUUGUGGAGUCCUCUAUGGAGUGGGCAUCGGGUACUUCCUAGCUGGCCUCUGCCAGCUGUUUGGCUGCCCCAGUUUCUGCCCUUCACAGACAUGCCGGCCACCUGGUGUGACAUUCAGUGGCCUUGUUUGCAGCUAGUGUGAUGAGACAAGUGGAUCAGGUACAUUAUAAACUGAAAAAGCACAUGACACGCAGAGGGAAAGGAUAAAUGACCAUGGGUGUACUGCUCUGCUGAAGUCCGCAUCACAUGACUGAGAUGACAAACAUUUUUUCACCUAACAUUUGGGCCCUGAGAAACGGCAUCUAUGUUUUACUUUUUAUUUAUAACAGAGUUAGAAGAAAUACUACCAGGCUUUCUUUUCCAUUUUCCCCAACUCCCUCUUUACCCCCUCAAGUUUACCUACCUCAGAAAGAAGAGCUUACCUGGUUAACGAGAGCCUGAAAUUAUUUGAGCCAGGUCACUGUGUAAAGGUCAGACUGCUUCUGUCUCCUUGUGCAUCACUUGUGCAGCUCAGAUGUUUCAUAGCUCCGUGUAUACAGGUAGCUGUGUUACCCUCCUAGCCUGCUUUCUUGGUUUGAUACAUGCCUGGGAGCAUGUGAGAGCACUUAAGGUCUAGGCUCAUGGGAGGACUGUUCUGCCGACCCCAGCUCAUCUCUCCAGCUCAGCCUGCAUGCCUGCCUUCCUCCAACUGAUUCCAGAGUGGGGGAUGGGAGGUCUCACACUGACCUCAAGUUUAUGUGACUUUUUCCACCUCUGCUUUCCCAGACAGCCCCUGCUGUGGGACUUGUAAGGAGAUUUGUGAAGUCAGUAUCUACUUUUCUUGUGUGGGUGUUUAUAAAUUAUUCCCCUGGAGGGGAAUAAAUGUUAGAGGUACUCCAAACGCCUAACAUAUAAACAUCUAAGCCUGGCCCUUUUUUGGUGGUAAAAUAUAUAUAACAUAAAACUUACCAUUUUAACCAUGUUUAAAGGUGCAGUUCCAUGGCAUCCAAUAUAUUCAGUGUUGUCCAACCAUCUAAUUUAUCUAAUUUAUCCAUAUCUACAACUUCUUUAUCAUCCUAAAAUGAAACACCAAAACCAUGAAGAAGUCACUGAAUAGAAGACUGAUGUGUUUGACUCCAUAAAAAUUAAAACUUUGUAUGAGAGAAAAAUGCCUCAAAGUCAAAAGUCAACAGGCUGGGGAAAUAGAUCUGCAAUAUACAUUACACACAAAAAGCUAAUUUGGGAUAUAUAUAUACACACACACAUAUAUAUACAUAUGGAUAUAUGUAAAUAUCCAUUUUUAACACCAUUUUAAAAAUACCAUCGUUUCCCCAUUGAAUAGUGUCGACUCCCUUGUUAAAAAUCAUGACCGUGUUUUUUGGUUCUUUAUUUCUAUCGCAUUGGUCUUUAUGUCUGUCUCUAUGCUGGUACAGCAUUGUUUCGGGUACUGAAGCGUUACAGUAACUAUGAAACCAGGAGGUGUUAGUGCUCUGAAUUUGUUAGUUUUUAAGAUUGAUUUGGCUACUUGGGAUUUUUUUAGAUUUCAUCUGAAUUUUAGAAUAGGUUUUUCUAUUUUUGAAUAUAUUGGAAUUUUUAUAGUGAUUUUAUUGAAUCUGUAGAUCGCUAUAGAUAACAAUGGCAUCUUGACAAGGUUUUGUCUUCCAGUCCAUAAACACAUGAUGUCUUUUCAUUUAUUUGUGUCAUCUUUAAUACUUUUCUGCCAUGUUUAUAGUUUUUGCUGUACAGGUUAAGUGGGUUUCUAAGUAUUUUAUUCUUUUGAUGCUAUCAUACAUGAUACUGUUGUCUUGAUUUCUUCUUCAGAUAGUUUAUUGUUAUUGUAGAAAUACAACUGAUUUCUGUGUAUUGAUUUUGUAUCCUGCAGCUUUGCUGAAUUUUAUUUAUUGUAUCUGACAGUUUAUUUCACAGAAACUAAAAGAUUUUUAAUAUAUAAGGUUAUGUCAUCUGCAAACAGAUAAUUUUACUUUUUAAAAAAUUGGAAUAUCCUUUAUUCUUUUACUCACCUUAUUGUUUUAACUAACUAGAACCUUCAGUACUACAUUAAAUAGAAGUAGUAAAAGCAGGCAUCCUUGUUUUUGCUCUGAGGGUAAAAGCUUUCAGUCUUUCACCAUGUUAGCUGUGUUUUUUGUUGUUGUUUUUUGGUUUUUUUUAAUAACAUUAUGUUAAGGUGGUUUCUUUCUUUUUAUAGUUUAUUAAGUACAUUUUAUCAUGAAUGUGGGUUAAAUUUUGACAAAUGCUUUUUCUUUAAGAUGAUCACAUGAGGUUUUUUCCUUCAUUAUGUUAAUGUGAUAUUACACUGAUUUUCAUGUGUUAGAAAUACUUUUAUUUCAGGAGUCAGUUAUACUCAUUCGUAGUGUAUAAUCCUUUUAAUGUACUGCUAAAUUUGAAUUGCUGGUAUUUUGUUGAGGAUUUUUGCAUGAACAUUUGUAAGGGAUGUUUGUUUGUAGUUUUCUUAUGGUGCCUUUGUCUGGCUUGGUGUCAGGGUAAUACUGGCCUCAUAUAAUAAGUUAGAAAAUGUUACCUCCUUUUCAACGUUUUGAAAAAGUUUGAGAAAAAUUGGGUUAAUUCUGCUUUAAACGUUGGGUAGAAUUCAACAGUGAAGCCAUCUGGUCCAGGCUUUUCUUUGUUGCUGGGUUUUUUAUUACUGAUGCAAUCUUCCUGCUGAGUCUCCUUGCUCGAUAGGUUUAUUCAACUUUUCUGAUUCAGUCUUAGUAGGUUUUUUGUUUCUAGGAAUUUGUUCAUUUUAUUUAGGUUAUUCAAUUUUUUAGUGUAUAGUUCCUUAUGGUACUCUUCUACAUCCUUUUUUUACUCCAAAAGUUUGUUAGUUAUGUACCCAUUUUAUUUUUGAGUUUGGUAAUUUGAGUAUUCCCUUUUUUUCUUAGUCAAUCUAGAUAAAAUUUUGUCAGUUUUUAUCUUUUUCAGAGAACAAACUGGGUUUUGUUGAUUUUUGAUAUUGUUUUUCUGUUCUCUAUUUCACUUAUUUCCACUGCUAUCUUUAUCAUUUUUAAAAUUUUGCUAGCUUUUAUUUGUCCCUCUUUUAGUUGUCCCCCUUUUUCCCUCUGUUUUUAGUUCCUUAGGAGUAAAGUUGUUGAUUCGGUAUCUUAUUUUUUAUAAUCAUUUAUAGCUAUAAAUUUUUUCCUUGUGGUACUGUUUUUGAUGUAUCUCUUAACUUUUGGUAUUUCAUAUUUUUAAUUUGUCUCUAGAUAUUUUCUAUUUUCUCUUGUGAUUUCUUCUUUUAUCCAUCCUUGGGUGUUUAAUAACUAUAUUUUUAGACAUAAAAUGUGUAACCUACAAAAUUUUCUUGAUUUGUUACAGUUUUAUUUGUUGUAAGUUUUUAUUUCAGAAUUAAAUAUGUGUAUCAA